UCUGCACUUUUGUGAAGAAUGCGACCAUCAUAACUUCAUUUCUGCAGAACGUAUUAUUAUUAUUUCAUGAUAAAUGUGUUGUUGGCUCAUCGCCGACGGACUUUUCAUUGAUAAGGAUGCUUUGCUUUUGACAUUUGGUGAACUUUACUGAGCGGAUGUGCACGAGAACAUAAACAGAUAUUGUUUUAUUCAGCAUGUCCCGGAGGAAACAAGCCAAACCACAGUAUGUUCUCACCGAUCACACAACAGAGAACGUCCUCUCUCCAUCCUGCGAUGUCCGUAUCUGUCAACGAUGCUGUGCUGAAUUUGCCGAUGUAACAGACCUCCAUCAACAUCAGAAAAACUGUUUAGAUCAGUUAGUUCUGAUAGUAAGUGCAAAUGAAAGCCUAGACUCUCCACCUUCAUCCUUCAAAUGUAACCCAUCAACCUUCAAUACUGAAGAGAAACUGAACGGUGUGACAAAUAAUAGUGAUACGGAGGAACUUGAUAGGCUUUCAAGUGAUGAAAAAUCUUUAGAAAUGGACAAAUCCUUAAAUAUAAUAGACAAGAGCAGAUUUGAAUUUGCUGAAAGGUCCCACGUACAUCUUGAUGGAAAUGAUGAUGCUGAUGACUUUAGCUCAUCUUACUCACCAUUCCUAUCUCAAGAGGGUUCCUUACUCGAGUUGUGUAAAUUAUCCACUAUUAAUAGCAACGUCUUCAUUGAAAACCUAGAAAACACCAAAGUGGCCGUGGCUCAGUUUUCGCAGGAAAAGGCAAGCUGCAGGAAUGCUAGCAGCAACAAAAUGUCCGCCUCUGGUUUGAUUGAACAGCUGUUUGCUCUACAGCAACAACAAGUUCAGCAGCUCAAACUAAUUGAAGAAAUUCAACAGCAUAUAUUACUAUUAGCAGCCCAAAAUACUGAUACAUCGUUGGCCGGUUCACUGAUAAAACUCAGCUCAAACUUAUCUGAGCAACUAGCAGCUGCUAAGCUAGCAGAAGACCGACCUGCUAAUGCUAAACAGUCCAUUUACGUUUCACAGAGCAGUCAAGAAGACUCAAAGAGUGAUAAAGAAAACUCUGAAGUGACUGACAACAUUAGAGGCGACUCGUUGCCCGUGAAAUUUGGUGGGGAUGUACGUAACCAAUCUUUUCACAAUAACACAGUCGCUGAGAACGGUAGUUUGAAGCAGCAGUCUCCAUCUGCAGAUUUUGCUAUAAACAAACAUGAAACACCUCAUAAACAAAAUGAUCUUAAUAUGUGUGCAGACAGCUUGCCUAGCAUAGGUGCAAUUGUGGAGGACUUGAAUGCUUUGACUGCACUAGCCCAGCAGAGGAACGGCAAACCACUUAACUUAACUUUUUUCGACCACACGAAGAGGCCGUCUGAAGAUUGUAUACUCAAGCACAAAUGCAGGUUCUGCGCCAAAGUAUUUGGAAGUGAUAGCGCUUUGCAGAUACACCUGAGGUCUCACACUGGAGAGCGACCUUACAAAUGCAACAUAUGUGGAAAUCGAUUUUCCACACGUGGAAAUCUCAAAGUCCACUUCCAGCGUCAUAAAGACAAGUAUCCUAACAUACAAAUGAAUCCAUAUCCAGUUCCAGAGCACUUGGAUAACAUCCCAACUAGCACAGGUAUUCCAUAUGGCAUGUCUCCGCUUCCUGAGAAGACCUCCCCUAGCUUGGUGGAUGUUAAACAUUUAGCAGCCAACUCAAUUGGCUGUAUGCUUCAAUCAUCUGUGCAGAGUCUUCCUCCCAUUAAAAAAGAAGAGGAGGGGGUAUCAAUAAUCAAACAUCAACAUUCUGGUUCCAGUGAGAGAUGUAAUGGGUAUCAGAAUGUCCCUCCCUUAAUUUCCAAUGAGAAAUUUCAAGAAGCCUCGAGUCUUGCUAACUUUACUACAGCGGACAGUUCAAAAAACCAAAUUGCUAUAAACAACUCCGUAGAUUCAACAACUGAACUACAGUUUGAAGCCAAACUUUUCAGGAGACUUCAAGAUCCCCCAGGAGCUUCAGAGACAUCGAAGCUGGAGCAGUUGGUGGACAAAAUUGAAAAGAAGUCCUCUGAUCCCAAUGAGUGUGUCAUCUGCCAUCGGAUUCUUAGUUGUCAGAGUGCCCUCAAAAUGCAUUACCGCACACAUACAGGUGAGAGGCCAUUCAAAUGUAGAGUGUGUGGACGGGCUUUUACUACCAAGGGCAACCUAAAGACCCACUACAGUAUUCAUCGUUCCAUGCCACUCCUUACAAUACAGCACUCAUGCCCUAUAUGCCAAGAGAAGUUUACAAAUGCAAUAGCCCUACAGCAGCAUAUUCACAUGCAUAUGGGUGGUCACAUCCCUAACGUCCCACUUCAGGACAGCCACUCUAUGGACCAGGACGUUGACUCAGUAGACAAUAAGAACUUGAAAGUCGACUACAUGGAGGUUGUAGACGCUGCUUCGGAUUGUAAGUACCCAGACUCAUUACCUGACAGUUUAAGAUCUUCUCCUUCUUCUUCUUCUGAGUUUACCAGGACGACUGGAUUAAAUAGUUUGUCAAACGGUGGCUUUACUGUGCAGAACGGAUCAAUGCAUAGAGACUGCUUAACCCAGAAAUCAUUGUCAUUAGAUGGGGAUUAUGAGAGUCACAGUUCAGCCAACAUUGAGACAGGCAAAAUCUGGAAGACCUCCUCUCCCAAUAGCUUUACUCUUGAAAAACACGAAUAUUCUGCACCUUCAUCAUCUGAGUCAAAUAGCUCAACCAUUUCACAACCUAGGUUAAUAGACGGAACAACUGGAGACAUCUCAAAAGAUAGCAUGACCAUGAUAUUGUCAAUCGGUGAGCAGGGAACCUUGAAAAUCAAUGUUUGCGAUAUUUGCAACAAGACGUUUGCCUGUCAAAGUGCUUUGGAUAUUCACUAUCGAAGUCACACCAAAGAACGUCCAUAUAUCUGUAGCGCAUGCGAUAGAGGGUUCUCGACCAAAGGUAACCUCAAACAGCACAUGUUAACCCAUCAGAUAAAAGACUUUGAGCCAGCAAAUCUGAUUUUUCCACCAAACCAGUUUCUAACGGUGGUGGAACCGGUCAUUCCCUCAAAAAGAACCGGACUCAACUGCUUCAUUCGGAAAGACUCCACAGCGGGUGUAGUCAAAUCCUCAGCUUCCACGCUACCCAUAGUCUCCACGGGAGCACCACUUCGGCGAUCAGCUAAACAGCACUUCUGCCACACCUGUGGAAAGAGCUUCUCUUCCUCAAGUGCUCUUCAGAUUCACGAGAGGACCCACACUGGUGAGAAACCAUUUGCCUGCAACAUAUGUGGACGUGCAUUUACCACUAAAGGAAAUUUGAAGGUUCAUAUGGGAACUCACAUGUGGAGCAGCUCUCCAGCCAGACGGGGUCGUCGACUGUCGGUUGAUGGUGGAUUUCAUAGAUCUAAUACUGAUAGAUUUCAAGACACUCCCCCAAAAGAUGUGGUAAGAGUGAAUAGUGAGGACUCUUCAGGCAUCUGGAAUCAAUUUGCCUCCUUUACUACUGGUUUGGCUUUGAGAGCAAACAACAUACCUGUCAUUCAAAAUGGUGCCAUGCCUCACUUGUCAAUAUCUGCUGGGCAUCUUGAAAGCUUUGAAAAAUUGCAACUUAACAGAGCUUUACCUUGGUUGGAGAGAUUGGGUGAAAACGGUGCAACCAGCAUUUGAUCCAGGACAAUAAAACAAAUUAAAUACAUGCAAAUACGAUGCAUUUCAUAGUUAUACGUUUUUUGGUCAAGGGUAUCCUAUAGUUGAGUGACAUUAUUAAAAUGGGUACCACAUGGCUAAUGAGUGCUUUAUUCUGAUUGGUUAAAAUGUUUUCCACAGGUAAGCAUUUUUCCUCAAAAGGCGCACAAUUGACUGGUCAAAAGUCUGAAAAUAACCAGCAGAGCAAUGUAUUUGGUAAUCGUGGUAUAAGCGCAAUAAGUGACUACGGUCUUUUAAAUUAUUAGAAAAUAAUAUUGCGUCGUGCAAUAUUACCCCAAGGAGUGUGCAUCGUCAAUUAUUCCUUACAUGAUGUUGUGUGAUGUUGGCUAAAGUAGCAUGAUCUGUAUUGAUUGUAUUGUGUUAAAGGGAAACUCACCUUGACCAAAAAAAGAAAUUCUGUCAUCAUUUACCCACCCUCAAACCUGUAUAAAUGUUUUGUUCUGCUGAUCACAAAUGAAGAUAUGUUAAGCAACGUUUGUAACCAAACAAUUUUGGGGCACCAUUGACUGAUUGUAUUUUUUCCUAUUGUGGUUGUCAAUGGUGCUCCAAAACUGUUAGAUCACAAACAUUUCUCCAAAUAUCUUCUUUUGUGUUCAGCAGAACAAAGAAAUGUAUACAGUAAAUGAUGACAUGAUUUGCAUUUUUGGGUGAACUAUCCCUUUAAAGGCGGGGUGCAUGAUUUUUGAAAAUCUUUUAGAGGUCAUGCACCCCGCCUUUAAGGCUUUUGUUUCGUACUUUUAUAAAGUACUGUUAACAUGCAGUCUGUCAUUUGGAAAUUGAAGUAUUUAGAAGUAUUCACUGCGAACAUUUGCGCAAUGUUUGGUUUUAAUAUGUUUUGAAGUAAUGUCAUGAUGAGAUUAGUUUAUUUAAUGCAAAAACAGUAUCCCCAUCAUAACUAUUUAUCCCUCUGUAAUUUAUAUUAAUAAGAAAUGUGUACUUUGUUAUACUUGUGUACAAUGUAAAACAGUAAAGGUGAACACUAAACCAUACUAAUAGUAUUUAUUUUUUACAUUUUGCAAACAUACACUUAUAUUCUUACAUUGGAGAAACAAAUAUGUACAAUGUUAUGCAUAGAUUGCGCUUAAGCAAAUGCAUUGUUUUGAUUAAAAUCAAAGUGAAUUUACUUCUGAAACUGCUCAUAUAAGGUAAGUUGACCACAUGAGUCAACAAGAGAAGUGGAUUUCUUUUCCAUUCAUUUACCAUUGGAGAACUGGACUCCUUUUUCACUCGUUUACCAUUAACAAAGAAAUGAUUCAUUUCCACAAGUAGUAUUCAUGCCCUUUCUCUACUGAUAUAAAUCUAGGUCACCUUGUCCUCAGCAUUUAC